GAAGAUCUCCAAAUAGAAAUGAUGACAAUUCACUCAGCCCUGGCCAGUCAAGCAAUUUUGCUUCACAUAAUAUCAUGAUGAAUAGGACUCCAAGUCCUCAGGGAGAGAGGAAUAAGGAAAGAGGCAAUUUUUUGCAGUUCAUCUUGAUGGCGAUAAACUUUUCUAAAAUUCUGACACUGCUUAACAUUAUGAAGCGACGAAAAAUGUUUCAUGAACAUAAAAAAACUGUCGAGAUUAAAGAGCCACCUCCGGACCCUGUUGAUGACUUUUUCAAAGUUGUUGAUGAUUAUAUUAAAACACAGACAUUAAUUAAAAGGGCUAAAGAAACUCGGAAAACAAAUAGACUAGUUGCAUGGGAUUUCUUUCAUGAGGAAAUGCGCCCCAUUAAUCUUGAAUCAUUGUAUCAAAUCGAUAAAAGAGGCCAACGUCUGGAUCAAAUUAACGAGGAAGAGGAAUAUAUCGAAGAAGAUAGAACGCAAAAGGAUAGGUCAAAAGUAGAUGAGAUACCGUCUACACCAAGGUUUUUGGACGUAGAGAUGGAAGAUGUUCAUCAAUUUUUAACAUCACCGCUUCCAUCAUCACCCGGGUUCCGCAUUUUCGAAUCAAUGGACGUCGACGAAACUUUUCCAUCUUCACCAUCAUUUACACCACAAUCUCUCUUGCCCAAGGUUCAACACCCAUUUGAAAACACGUACUCGUCUCUACAAAUUAAUCAACUUCAAUCAGAUAAAAAUCGUAAACCAUCGAUUUUCAUGAGAUUGGGUAAAAGAGAAUCACUCACUCCUGUUUCUACCGGCCCAGUCAAUGAUAAAAUAUUUGAUAAAGACCUUCGUACCGGUUCAAGUAUGGAUAUGGAAUAUAAUCCUAUUCUUGAAAACGACGAUGACGGGUUAUCAGAACUCGAGGAGUCAAUAAUUACGAAACAGGAUCUUAAGGCCCCUGCGAUUAGUCUUAAGGAGAAGGAAAGUGACUCACAGGAUGAAAAGGAGGUGACCGAAUCUCAAGCCAGUGAUAAUGAUGACUCACUAUCUCCAAUAAUUCCGACUCCUAAAUUGGAUCUUUAUAAUUGGGUAUUUGGUCCACCGCCUUUGACUCGUGCACAAUCAGGAUACCAAGAAAAAAUCCGGGAAAGAAAGAAUAAAUAUAAGAAACCUCGAUUUCCUGAUC